GGCGCCAACAGAAAGACCGUCAAACUCACAUGUGUCUCAACAUUAUCUAUAUUGCAUAUGGUAUCUAUAACAUACUUAUAUUAUAUGCAUGAACUGGAAUAUUUGUCUCACUGAGACAUUUAUAUUGCAUGAAUUCGAAUAUGUCUCUCUAAGUAUAGUUAUUUGUCUAAACGUCUUCUUUAUCAAAAAUGCAAUUCAUCUUGUAAAAGAGUUUUCGUGUAAUUUCAAAUAUAUAUAUAUAUAUAUUGAGAUGAUAUAAACCCAGACGUAAAUAUAGUGAAGAUAUCAAGGGAGUUAUAGUUUAGCAAGUAACGAGUGUGAAGAUACAUAGAAUCUCCCAAAAAGUGAUACGCGUGCCAUGAUAUGUAGAUGGAUAGAUAAAUAGAUAUAUGUAUAUAUAGAGAUAUAUAGCAUCUUGUGACCGUUAGUAGUGCCGCCAAAUAUAGAACACCACCCGCCAAAAUUAGAGGAAAGUUGUGAGACAGCUAGCCGGUGGUGAAACGCCCAACAUAGAAUGGGGGGUGUCAACGGAUUGUUCAUUGCUGUCUCCAACGUAGGAAACGAUUCUCAUUCAAAUUCUCUGGGCCUUCAAAUACAUCAUCACAAACCCUAUAUUUUUCAGAUUUUAUUCUUCUUUUUAUUCUCUCUCCCUCUGUGGCAGAGAAAAAGAGUCUUUUUUUUUUUUAUUAUUAUCCAAAAGGCCUUUUCUCUGCAGCUAACAAGAAAAUACAGAACAACCCUUUCUUCUCUGUUAUUUAUAUGAGUUAUUAUUUCCCAUUCUUAUUCAACAUAUUUAGUUCAAAUUUUCAAAAAUUUCGACGAAAGAAUAAAUUUUCAAAUGACCACUUGUAUAUAUUGUAUAUUAAUUCCCAUUUUAUCAAUGGCGCCUAAAUACAUGAUAACUAUAUAUUUAUAAAAUUUAUUUCUGUAUAUUUUAUAAAACAAUUUACAUAAAAGAGCUCUCAUUGAUCAGCAUGAGUUUAAGCAGCAGGAUGAGGGUAGAGUGGCACAAGGGCAUUUUCCGGCCAUGCAGGGAAACCUUGCACUACAUACCUAAAGCAUUGACCGGAAAGGCCGGUUCUCGGGACCCCAAUGAGAAGCUGUUGAUGGUUGGAGAACUGUCCGAUGGUCAUCAAGAGAAAUGGAGGCAAGUUCCGAAAGGGUCACUGGCGGUUUACGUAGGGCCGGAGCUGAGGAGAUUCGUGAUCCCGGCAACCUACCUGUCCAUGCCGGAUUUCCAGGAAUUGAUGGAGAAAGUAGCUGAGGAAUUUGGAUAUGAGCAAGAAGGUGGGCUGAGGAUUCCUUGUGAAGAAGAAGACUUUGAGGAAAUAUUGCAAAGGUGUUUGAUAAGGGACCAAAUGAUAUCCAAGUCAAGAAGGUACCAAUUGAUGUCCAAGUCCAGAAAGAAGGGAUUGGAAGAUUGAUUGAGCUUUAUGGAUCAUCAUAUUCAUUCUCAAGGUAUACAUUAUCUUGUUGAAUGAGAAAAUCAUUCUCAAAGUAGUAGUAUUAUUAUUAUUUUUCUUUUUUCUUUUCUUUUUUAAUUGUAAAUGCUAGUUGGUUUGAUGAUCUGAUCACAAACUAAACAUAAGAGGCUUGCAGUAGAGGAGGCAAGUAAAUUUUUUUUUUGAACUUUGGAUUCAGUCGAGAUUGUAUGAAGGAAAUAAGAAAUUUUGUGGAUGCAUGGGAAGUGAUUUAUCC